AGGAGUGGAGGUUUCUGCCAGAAUAUUUCGAAACUAACUAGACUUUUCCUUUAAAAUUUUUAAUUUUCCGGCCAGAAAGCCUGUCUUCAAGUAUGUCUCCUUCUAUUUGCUGCAGAUGCAACGAAGAGAUUUGGCCGAGGGCAAUUAGCAGUUUGGGCAAGGCGUACCAUCCGCACCACUUCACCUGCAGAGAUUGCGGCCUGGUGGUGGAUCCUACGCUCUUCUACGCGGUGGACGGGAACGAGCUGGUCUGCAGUGAGUGCUAUCUGGGCCAUCAUGCCGCUCGGUGCUCCGCCUGCCGAACUCCCAUUCUGGAGCGCGGCGUUGUCGCCUUGGGGCGCAAGUGGCACGAAAAGUGUUUCCGGUGCGUGAGCUGCAGCAGAUCGCUGGUCUCGUCGACCUUUUUCGAAAUCAACGGAUACCUCUUCUGCAAGUCACACUUCCGGGAACUUUUUUCGUCUCGUUGUGCCGGCUGUGCGAAGCCCAUCGAUCGAAAAGCAGUGGUUGCGCUGAGCACCAAAUGGCAUGAGGAGUGCUUCAAGUGCCACAACUGCCGAAGAAGGAUAAGCGCCAGUGAAUUUGGGAUCCAGCAAGGACGACCCAUCUGCCUUGAUUGCCAAAAACCCUCUUGAGUUCCCAAAAUUUGUG